GAACUAAGAGUGUAGUUCAAACAUGAGACCAUUCUCCAGGAUUGCCUGAGACUACACUCUAUGAAGGGAAACUAAUGUAUGACAGUGGAUUAAUGGGUGGAGAGACGCAUGGAGGCGGACGGAUGUCGGAGAUGCAACAAUGGGUCAGUUUGCCUGCAAAUGAUCCCGUAGUUUGCACAUCCUCAACAUCGUUUCUUGAGACCGGUGAUCCUUCAAGAGCUUGGAACAAUGAGAUUUUCGGCCGAAGCAGCUCUUAUAUGAGCGAUUGGAUUGCAGAAGCAGCACCUGUCCAAGCCAUCAAAGAAGACAACCAUCGGCAGCAUUCAGUGCAACCACUUCAUCGUUUUUCCGCAAAGAUUCCAUUUUCGUUGCUUAAGAACACUGAAGGAGGAGCGUGCCCACCUUUUCCUCUGCUGAAUCAGAGCGGCCAUCCAUUAUUACGCGAUAACAUCGAAUUAAGAAGCCAUCUCCUGAUAACUGCAGCUUUUCUUUUCGACAAAAGCAGUUGGAAAAACCCAUAACCUCCCGUAUUACACCACUUAAGGUAAGUCUACAAACAAUCAUGCGCGUAGAAAGCCGAAGAACUCAUAACUAUACCAUGCUAUAUUUCGGUCUUCCAGGUUCGAAAAGAGAACUUGGUGACAGAAUCGCCGCGCUGCAGCAGCUGGUUUCACCAUUCGGGAAGACUGACACGGCCUCCGUGUUGUUGGAUGCAAUUGAAUACAUCAAAUGUCUUCAUGAGCAGUUGACUGUACUAUGCUCUCCAUAUGUGAAGAUGAGCUAUGAAAUUACGGAAAUGGGAGGUAAAGAGGACUUGAGAAAUAGAGGACUGUGUUUGGCUCCCAUCUCCACCAUUUGCAAUGUAGGGAAGGACACCUCCAUCAACUCUUGGGCUCCCAUGACUGGCAGAAGCUAUUGGUAAGUACUCAUACUUGCUUGAGGAUGUCUAGAGGGAGUCGAGUCUCAUGCCUAACCACUGGUAAUGUUUACUUAGAAUAGAGAGCGUCUUUUAAUGCUUUCCAAAAGAAAUUAAUACAUCUACUCAAGAUGUGUUUAAUUGUAUACAUUAGAUCAAAACAGGUGUUGGUUAUUCAUGAACACCAUAGCUUUUCUUUCCU